CGAAACGUUAUUAACAUGACGGCGAGAUAAUCGAGGCCUUACAUAUUUUUAUUUUUUAACAAAACAAACUUUAAUAAGCAAAUAUCACGAAAGAUUUAGUAUUGUUUACAAAAAUAACUGUUUAUUACAGCGUUUAAAAUUUAUAAAAUGACCUCAAGUGUGGCCGAGGGGUCCGUAACAGCACUGCCAACAACAGAAGUACAGACAGAAAAGAAUUGUGAAAAACAUUCAGAAAAUGAAUUGGCACAAACUUGCAAUAAGGAUAUUACACGGAAAACAGCAUCAGAAAACUCUCCGGAAGAGGCAUCGGAUGAUGAAGCCGAUGGGAGACCGUUACAAGAGGUUCCAUUCGUUGAAGUGCCCGUUAUCGAUAUGCCGGUCGAAGAAAUAGUGGUUAAGUGUGAAGUCAUUGAGAUUUCUGAUGAAGAGGAUCCACCCCCCAAGAAGAAGCGUGUGCGCAAACGGAGCGUCCCUAAAGAGAGGCGGCCUUGCGAGCAUUGCGCCAAAACGUUUCAAACUGGUUACGAGCUCAAGAAGCACUUACGAACACACACUGGCGAGAGGCCGUACAUGUGUACCGCUUGCGGGAAGACUUACACUCAACCCGGACACCUGAGUAUACAUCAGCUGUCUCAUGAAGGCAUAAAAAACUUCAAUUGCUCAACGUGCGGCUCGUCGUUUUACAGGAAAGCCGAUUUGGACCGGCACGAGAAAGUUCACAACGGCAUAAAACCGCACGCUUGCGAGAUUUGCGAGAAAACGUUCACGCAGAAAUCCAAUUUGGCGAUGCACGUCAAGAUGCAUUUGGGGGAUAAGAGAUACGAAUGUCCCGUGUGCGAUAAAAGGUUCAUGACCAGGAGCAAAAUGGUAUUACACUCGAAGAGGCAUGAGAAAGAUAAAAAGAAACAUCAUUUGGAUUAAAUUGAGGACGUUUUGGUAAAGGGUCAGGUUAAAAGUGCCCGAAACCGCCGAGAUUGCAUGAAGAGAGUUAUGAAUGUGGAUGAAGCGAAGGAAGUGUGCAAAGAUCGUGGUAAGUGGAAGGAGGUGGUCUCUGCCUACCGCUCCGGGAAAGAGGCGUGAUUUUAUGUAUGUAUGUAUGUAUGUAUUUAGAUUAAUUAUAUUAACGGUGGAACUCGGGCAAGUUUUAUUUUAGUGUCGAUGAAUGAAUGUACCGUUUGGUGUGUGGUUCCCGGCACCAAUGGAAGAAAGAAUAGGGCCACUCCAUCUCUUUCCCAUGGAUGUCGUAAAAGGCGACUAAGGGAUAGGCUUAACAACUUGGGUUUUUUCUUUUAGGCGAUGGGCUAGCAACCUGUCACUAUUUGAAUCUCAAUUCUAUCAUUAAGCCAAAUAGCUGAACGUGGCCUUUCAGUCUUUUCAAGACUGUUGGCUCUGUCUACCCCGCAAGGGAUAUAGACGUGACCAUAUGUAUGUAUGUAUGUACGAUGAAUGAAUGUGCCGUGUGGUUCCCGGCACCAAUGGAAAAAAGAAUAGGACCACUCCAUCUCUCUCUCGUGGAUAACGUAAAAGGUUCGACUGGCAGAGAAUGCCUUGUGGCAUUAAGUCCUCAUGUUGUUACGUGCAUAAAAUUUAAAUCUAAACUUAGAAGUUGGCGCAUAACUCAAAUUAAAAAAUAUGAUAAAAAAAAAUUUUGGCGCGAAAAUAAUUAAGCGUUUGAGCGUAACAGAGCGCGAAAUUUGAAUAAGCGAACAGAAUUGUCCGCUAUUGUACUACUAAACAAAGAGAUAGCAGGAGACGUGUUGUUUUUGGAUUUUAAGUUUUAAUGUACUUCAUGUAAUAAAGUCGUUAUUUUUUUUUACUACGCUUUUAUUAGCUUGUUUGUUGCGAUUUCAUUCAGCGUUACAACUUCUGGUAGGAAUGUUGCUAAAUAUACUGGUUUUGUACCUACUCGGUACUGAGGUGUCGGAAGAUUUACCUAAUUAAUUAUUAUUCUUGAACAUGUGAAGCGAUAGAAUAUUAUACUAUAAUGAAUGUUUCACAUUAUAUUUUGAAUGCAGGGAAAGGAAUAUUACGAUUAUUAAGUUGUUCUUAUUUUCUUAACCGUCCUUUUUUUUAAUGUACCUAACAGGAAGAUGUGAAUAGAUAUCUUUUGCUGGUAUUUUAUAAUUAAGUUUUAAAAUUAAGUCGGUGAUUUUUAUUGUAAGUGAUCUACCUAUUUUAUUA